AUGAUCUUUACUCUGCCCAAUCGAAUAUCGCUCUACCAAUCGACCUCUGAUAGUAACAGCGGAUACAGUUACAACGAAUACCAUAUGUCUACAGCCGAUGACACCACUCGCACAUCAUCGCCAACCGAUUCCUUGGUGCUAGGUGCGCAAUCGCACCUGCCGACCUUGUUGAACCCUGUAAGAGCCGUCGAAACUAUGACAAGUAUAUUAUGGAAUUGCGUGAAGCUCAAUAAUACUAUUGGCAAGUAUAGUCGGCAAAUUCAGCAAAUCUGGUCCACGACAGAAGUCGAAAAAAUGCGAUUGUAUGUGGACGAUAUCGCGCAACGUGAAUAUGAAGAGGCGGUUGGUAUCGCGAGAAGAGAAAACGCACUUUUGGCAGGAAGGGAUAUGCAAGGCCGGUAUAAUGAAACUGUGUACUGGAACAUCAUUUCUAAAGGAGCUAAGUUGAUCCACCCUGCGACCUUACACAUGCCCAAGGGACCUCUGGGCGAGUUUACCAUGGCCGAAAAGGUGGCGACAGAGGUGUUCAUGCAAGAAGCAGGGUUCGGAACGAGUGUGGAGAAUCAGCGGCGGUGUCGGAAUCUUUGGAAGAAGCUGUCUGAGAUGCGCAGGGUGGGUAUCAGCAAGAUUCUCCUAUACCGAAGGAAAGAGUUUGACACUUACCGCAAAAGUUUUACCCAAGAUGCUGAAUCUUUGACCGAGGGCGUUAUAUCGUGGGAAAGUGUCUAUGGCUCGUUAUUAGAACAGCUGGAAAAUCGAAUGAUGAAACAAGGUGAUGAGGAUUUCACCGGUCUAUCAGAUCUCCUGCAGUUCAAAAUCCUCAUGGAAUAA